AUGGCAAAGGAUGAGCAAAAGAAUAAAGAGGAACAAGUAGACGAAAGUGUGUUAAAAAAAUAUGACAUCGUCCGAAAAAUAGGAAAGGGAGCAUAUGGUAUAGUGUACAAAGCUAAAUGUAAAAAGAAUAAAAAAAUGGUAGCAGUAAAAAAAAUAUUUGGUGCUUUCCAGAAUUCAACAGAUGCUCAAAGAACAUUUCGUGAAAUUAUGUUUCUUUAUCAACUAAAUGGACAUGAUAACAUUAUUAAAUUGAUGGAUGUGAUUAAAGCUAAAAAUGAUAAUGACAUAUACCUAGUGUUCGAUUAUAUGGAAACUGAUUUACAUGAAGUGAUAAGAGCAGAUUUACUGGAGGAAAUACAUAAAAAAUAUAUUAUAUAUCAAUUAUUAAGAGCAUUAAAGUAUAUUCACUCUGGAUAUUUACUACAUCGGGAUAUUAAACCAUCAAAUAUUUUACUCAAUUCAGAAUGUCAUAUAAAAGUUGGUGAUUUUGGAUUAGCUAGAAGUAUAUCUACAGAAGUAAAUGAAAAUAAAAUACCAGUCCUAACAGAUUAUGUUGCUACAAGGUGGUAUAGAGCUCCUGAAAUUUUAUUGGGAAGUACUAACUACACUGAAGGGGUUGAUAUGUGGUCUCUUGGAUGUAUCAUGGCUGAGCUACUAAUCGGAAAGCCAUUAUUUAGAGGAAAUUCUACCAUGAAUCAAUUAGAAAGAAUUAUUGAAAUUACUGGAAAACCAACAAAAAAAGACAUUGAAGAUAUUAAAUCCCCUUUUGCAGAAACCAUUAUAUCUUCAUUUGUUGAUAUAAAAAAAAAAAAAAUUUCUGAUAUUUUUCAUAAAGCUUCAGUAGAAUCCAUAGAUUUGCUUCAAAAAUUGUUACAAUUUAACCCAACCAAAAGAAUUAGUGCAGAAAAUGCACUUAAACACAAAUAUGUAGAACAAUUUCAUUCCAUUAUUGAUGAACCUGUGUGUAAGCACAUUAUAACCAUUCCUGUGGAUGACAGUACCAAGUACAAAGUUAACUUUUACAGAAAUAUCGUGUACUAUGACAUCAUGCGUAGAAAGAAAUACUACCCAAACCAACAAACUUUUGAAAAAAGCCCUCCUUCGAAGGGAACCCAAGCGAGAGAAGAGAGUCUUUAUAAGGAUGGCCAUGACGAGUGUGGCCAUGACGAGUUUGACCACCAUUGUGAUUAUAGUAAUUAUCCAAAGGAACCAAUUAACCCAGGGGUAAAUGCAAACAACGGAAUUUUGAUUCCAAACCAAGUGAAAAAUUGGGAGGGAGUGAUAUCACACCCCAGUGUGCAUAGCAAGGAGUGCGUGUCCAAUGUUGGAAGCACCCAAGGGAGAGAAGUAAGCAAGAGUGAACAAAAUGGAAAAUGCAACAGGAAGAAGGGAAAUGACAUACAUCCGGAAAGUGUGGUGGAACACGAUGAUAACUUAUCAAAGGUCUUGCACAGUAAAAAACCAGUGAAUUUUCAAACAAAGAAAAACUUUAAAACAAAUCAUGCAGAGGUAAUGAAAGCUGCUUAUGCAAAUGAGAAAUAUUAUUAUGAACAUGCAGGCGAUGGAAAAAUAAAUAAAGACUCAAAUUUUUUUUACUAUAAAGAGGUAAAAAAUGAGCUAAGGAAGAAGGACAGCUUGUCCAAUAAUGGAACAAUGGAGUGGAAUUUGAAGAGUUCGCCUUGCUCGAAAAAAAGCAACAAAUUCAGCACAUCGUAUUGUUCGAAGAAGAAUGAUAAUAAAUAUGUGAAUGCCAAGGAAAAAAAGGCAGCAUGGAGAAAUACCAUGUCAAGGAAUGAAGAACAAAAUGGUGAAAACAGGGUAGAGAGGAAGUUUGAAAACAAAAUUGUAAGUGAACAUGUGACAGUGUGUGGCGAUAAAAUUGUGAGAACUCAUUUGGCAAACGUGAAGGAUAUGAAUCAUGGAAAAUUGGAUAAUCACCGUUUGCUUUACAUUUCAGGGAACAGGAGGAACACCAUUAAGUACAAAAGGCGAGAAAAUAAAAUGGAAGGAGCGGAAGCAAAUAGUAGGGUUCACACGUCCUACUGUUAUGACUUGACAGGUAAGAAAAAAAAAAAAAAAAAAAGCUCGAAAAAUGAACAAAAAAUGAACAAAAAAUGA